CAUAUAUCCCCGCAGCUCCUCGCGCAUUUACAUACGUUGCGCACCCUUUGCUUCGCUUCAGUCGUUGCGCGAACUAGCUCGAAGAAGAAACGCUUUAGCCAUGGCCAAUUAUAUCCACGUACCGGACGAGGCUCCCGCUGUGCCCAAAAUAGACGUGACCGUUGACGAGCGCGAUUACAGGACCGGUGCGCUGCAGCUAAUGAAGGAGCUGAGACCGACCUGGAAACCGUCAGAAAUCAAAGUGAAGUUCUUCACAGAUGGAAUAACCAACAAGCUGCUCGGCUGCUACGUGGGCCCGGUGAUGCAAGACGUGGUCCUGGUUCGGAUUUAUGGCAACAAAACGGAGCUGCUGGUCGACCGGGAGAACGAGGUGAAAAGCUUCAGGGUGCUGCAUGCGCACCGCUGUGCCCCUCACCUUUAUUGCACCUUCAACAACGGACUCUGCUACGAAUUCCUGCAAGGAACUGCCCUGGAGCCAGAGCACAUUCGCAGCCAGCCCGUUUUUCGGCUUAUUGCAAGACAGCUGGCCAAGUACCAUGCCAUCCAUGCCCAUAACGGCUGGGUCCCCCGCUCUGACCUGUGGCUAAAGAUGGGCAAGUACUUUGCGCUCGUUUCCAAGUGCUUCAAGGAGUCUGAGCAGAACGACAGGUUGAGGCUGGAGGUUCCCAGCCUCGAGUCCCUCAGAAAUGAACUGGUGUGGCUCAAGCAGAGCUUGUCUGUGCUGGGCUCCCCCGUCGUUCUUUGCCACAACGAUCUUCUUUGCAAAAACAUCAUCUAUAACCAGAGGGAAGGAAGUGUAAAGUUCAUUGACUACGAGUAUGCUGGGUACAAUUACCAAGCCUUUGACAUUGGUAAUCACUUCAACGAGUUCGCUGGCCUGAAUGAAGUGGACUAUAGUCACUACCCAGAGCGGGCCUUUCAGCUGGAGUGGUUCCGCUCCUACCUGCAGGCCUAUAAGGAGUACAAAGACCAGAAAGAUGCAGUCUCUGACAAAGAGGUGGAGAUCCUUUACAUUCAAGUCAACAAAUUUGCCCUGGCAUCUCAUUACUUCUGGGGUCUCUGGGCUCUAAUUCAGGCCAAGUUCUCCACCAUCGACUUUGACUUCAUGGGAUAUGCAGUCCUGCGCUUCAACCAGUACUUCAAGAUGAAACCUGAAGUAGCUGCGCUGAACUUACCCGAAUAAAAGCCAACACUCCCGGAUUCUUCCCUUCUCAAGAUGACUGCAGGAGGCCCACAGAGGUCUGCGAUGAGAAUAACUAGACUUAAACUUGCAGUUUACUCCAUUGUCCAUUUCUACAAAAACUGAAUGAACCUCAAUGCUAUGAUCAACUGUAGCAGUCGUUACCUGGGAGCUUAGCACUGACGGUUAACGCGUUCUAACAUGGUUACAUUUCUUUCUGGUCUACUUUGCUGUACUGUUCUUAACUCUGAAAUCACAGAUCAACUUACUGUAUGUCCAAAUAAUCCUUUUAGUACCUCGUAGCGUAAACUGUAACACAGACUGGGCACCCCCUCCAGUACUGGAAGUCAAAGACCUCGUUUAGAACCACGUGGAAGCAACAGAAGCUUCCUGUGCAGACGAACUGAGGUGGGAAAGAAGUGAUUGCAGCACGAGGCUGUCUUUGAGUCUUGUGCAUUACGAGCUCCGUGAAAGCCCAAAACACGCCGUCUGCCUGCUCGGCGGCUCCGUUUUCGUCCUCGUUUCGCCCAGCGUACUGAGCACGUACGUGCACUCUUGGGCACUUGACUUGAGGACUUUGUGUGUUUUUGGUUUUAUGAAGGUACAAAGUCUUCAGAGAGCGUCUUGUUUACGUCUCCGUUCAUUAGUUUCACUGGACAGCCGCUUGACCUGAGGGCAAUUUUCACUUUAAUGUAGAUAUAUUUGUUGGGACACUUGGAUUUUCAUCGUUUGAUGUUUAAUAGAAUGUACCUCACUGACAUUUGAGCAUUCCCUGUUCAUAACAUUUGUGCAUUAAGCUGCAUUUAAGGUCAGUAGUAUUAGUUUCAUUUCUCUGUGAACUGUGUAGUUACAAGGUUUAAGGUUAGGGGUCCUCUUUAAUUUUGGUUACAGUUACUCAGUCCAUAUUUCUGUCACUCCUAAACCACUAAUUUGUCACGUGCGACAUGGCCGUGUUGAUGUUUGAGCCGCUGCUGGCGUUGAUGUUGAGCGUUGUCUGUUAAAAUGUUGCUCUGUAACCGGUUAAGGAGAGGACCCUCUGAAAACUACAGCAAAAACAAAGCCUACACCAAAGUGCUUCCGUCUUGUUUUCACAUCAUGCACUCUGUAUGAAUCUGUAGCAUUAUGGGAACCAGAUGGAUUUCUUAUACCGCUUUAGAUGAGACGUUUAAGGCUGUUUUUUUUUAGAGGUCGCUUAUGUUUAUUGGUCUGCUCAAGACUAACUUUGAAUGUAGUGGAGCGCAGAUGUUUAACUCCUGAAUGAAAUGGCACAAAGCUUUAGAGACGGACACUCCUGUUGUUCCUGCAGACUACCAGCUAAGAAACGGGUGUUUAAGGCUCGGUGUGGGUCUCUGAAAGCACUUUCUUUUUGCACUUCGGAAACUUUGAAGCCUGAUCACCUGUCUUUAAUCUGUUGUUCUUUGUUUAUAUUGGUGGAUUAUAUUUAAACUGAAGUUAGAGUUGACCCUUUUCUAUAUAUUUAAAGUGUUAGCCCAUUCGGAUGUAAACAUUAAACACAACGGUGUGCAAAAUGUAAAGAUUUUAGAUUACACAUAUAAGUAGUAUAAACAACGUGUUUUUUUUUUUGUUUUUUUUUCUCAAAGGGUUAUGGUUAUUAAAUUGUCUGCCCAUGUUUACACUAAACAAAUCUACUUUCAUUAGUUUUGACUCCUUCAUUUGAUCUAAAGUUGUGAUAAAAUUAUCUUCAAUGCUAAUCUGGCGCAAAUUAAUCCAUUUUAUAAUCUACAGGAGUCCUGAUAAUAAAAACAAUAAUUAGAUUUAAUUUGUUUUAUUAUUGAAUCUCCACGGCCACUGUAACAUGUUUAUAUGUACAGCAAACCAAUGUAAAGAACUGUUUCCUCUGAUGUGAAUUAAUGUAUAUAA